AUGGAUUACCCUUCAGGAUCAGAUCCAUUUACAUCAAGACAACAUUUAUUACAUCAUACAUUUUCACCAUUAAUAUCAAUUGAAGCAACUCAUAAUGUUGAUUUAAUAUUCCAAUCAAUAAUAAACAAUAAUGAUAAUAUAUCAACAUUACAAAUCUUCAAACCAUAUGGGAAUAAUGCGAAAUAUUCAAUCAAUACUAAUAAUCAACAAUUUAAAAUUAUUAAUAAUCAAUUGAUAACAAAGAAUUAUCCUAGUUUCCCCAUUAGAUUUGAACCAUCAUUACCUGAUUUGGUAUCGGUUUUGAAUGCACAACUGAGAAACCCCAAAAAUUCCAACAACUUAGGUGGUAGUAAUAAUACUAGUAAUAAUAAUAAUAAUGGAUUAUUAUUGAAUAAAUUAAAUUCAAAUUCUUCACCUAGUUUAUCGAAUUCAAUAACAGAAGAGUUUAAAACUCGACUGGAAGGAGUACCGUUGAAUCAAUUAUUUAGUAUUAGUUCAUUAGAAGUUUAUUUAAGACAUAUGGCAAACCCAGAUAAUAGUAUUAACAAUAGUGGUGGAGGUGGUUCAUUGUAUUUGAAUUUUUUCGAUAAAUUAAUAACAUCAAAUCAAAUAACACCAUUUGAAACAUUUAAUCAUCCCAUAAGUCAAAUUUUCAUUAUUGAUUAUGAAACGGAUUCAAUUGAUAUAUUAAGAAAAUUAAUUGUUGAAUUUAGAAAUUAUAAUUUCCCGAAAUUUUUCCAAAUUGAUGAUUUAUUAAUUCAUGUAUUUAUAAUUUAUGAUUGUGAUAAAUUUGCUACUGGAGAUAUUAUUAAUUUCCAAAAUGAAAUUAAAAAUAAAUUGAAUGUAAAUACUACUGUUUUCCCCAUGUCAUAUAAUAAUAAUAAAGAAAAGUCCCUGGGUGGAGGAAUGGAAACAAAUACUAUAUCAUUAGUUGAAAAUAGUACUAUUGAAGAAGAAUUACAAAGAAUUUCUUGGAAUGAUAUAAACAAUUCAUUUGAAAUACCUAAAGUUGUUGAUUACACUAUACGGACAAAAUUAUACGAAUUUAUUAAUAAAUUUUUAAUACCUCAUAUGCAAUCAAAAGUUAGAUAUUGGGAUGAUCAAAUCUUACAACCUAAAAAAUCUAUAACGGGGAGAUUUUUCCAAGUUUCUAAAAAAUUUUUUAAUAGUAAUAAUAAUAGUGAUACUAGUUUAUUAACAAAUACUGCUAAAUCCUUCAAAAAUGGCGUUACUCAUGGGAAUUCAAAUUCAAAUUCAAAUUCAACCUUCAAUUAUAAUGAAAAUUAUUAUUAUAAAUCACUGCUGGAACAAAUACUAAGGAAAUUGGCUGAUUGGUCAUUAAUGUUAAAAGAUUUCAAAUAUGCUUAUUCCACUUAUGAAUUAAUUAAAAAAGAUUAUAGUAAUGAUAGAGCAUGGGUUUAUGUUGCAUCAACUCAAGAAAUGUGUAUUGUUUCUUUAUUAUUAGUUCAAACUCAACAACAACAACUGCCACUACAACUACAACUGCAACUGCAAUUACAUCAGCAAAAUAUUAAAUCAUUAAUUCCUGAUAAAAAUACUUUAAGAAAAAUUAAACAUGAUAUUAUUGAACCUUAUAUGGAUAAUUUAUGUUAUACUUUUAAAUCAAGAUUAAAUUUGAAAACAUUUAGUUUCAAAACCAUGAUUAUUGUUAUUGAAUUGUUACUUUGUAUGAGUCAAAUGUUUAAUAUUUCUUAUUGGUGGUAUGAUACUAUUGAAAAGUAUCUUAUUAAAUUAAAUAAUGAAUUCGAUCAGCAUUUAUCCAAUAUUAAUAAUAGCAAUAACGAUAAUAAUAGUAACGCAUUUCUGAUUAUAAAAGCCUUGUUAUAUGAACGAUUAGGUUAUAAUUCAGGUCAUUCAGUUUUUUUACUGUUGGAGAAUUAUCAUUUAUUCCGAAAGAAUUUUGAACGAAAUAGACAAGUACAACCACAACCACAAAAACAAGAACGAGAAGAAGAACAAGAAGAAGAGGAGGAGGAAGGAAUGUACGUUAAUGAACUUAAAUUGAGUACACCUACAAAUCGUGGCAUAAUUGGUACAACAAGAUUUCGAAAAUCAGCAUUAUGGUAUUUAUUAUCUAUGAAACAAUGGCAUUUACUGAAUAAUAAAUCACAAAUUGAAAGAUUAUUUAAUAAUAUUCAAUUAGUGUAUCCUGAUACUAAUUCCAACACCAAUAAACAAAAUGGAGAAGAAUAUGUUUGGUAUAAUCGAAAUGAUGGGAUUUUAGGAAUACUAGAAAAAUAUAUAGAUACCGACAAAUAG